AACCUCCUGGCUAUGUGUUGGUCUGAUUCAAAUGAAGAAAACCCUUGACUGUCUGUGUUAAGUGAAGAAUUUGAAAGUAAAUGUCAUAUUAAAAAAGCUUGCAAAAUAUGGUAUUGAAACAUUCGAGCACUACCUCCCCCUCAACCUCAAACACACCUUAAAACACCUCAAAUUAGCUGGUGGACGUUGUUUAAAGAACCAACAGCACCAUGCAAGGAGCUAAUAAGGUGACUAUCUGGGUCAUAACUGGCCUGAUGGCCGUCCUCACCAUGUUCUUCAACCUGUUCAUCUUCCUGAUGAGCCUGAAGAGCUAUAAGCAGAACAAACACUGGACCCCCUGUGAAACCAUCAUCACAGCCCUGUCCUUGGCCAAUGGAGCUCACCAGCUGCUCUGCUAUCUCUGGAUGACCAUGACCGAAAUAGACAAAGACUGCCGACUGGAAGAGCUGUUCUACUCCUUAAUGAUAUUGACAGUGUUCAGCCUCAAGUUCACUAUCAUGUGGACCACCUCCUUCCUGACCUUCUACUACAGCACCAAGCUAGUGAUCGAGCCCAUCCACUGCUACACCAAGAUCCAGGAGGCCAUCCUGAAGCACGUCACCACGGUGGUCCUGGUCAUCCCUAUGUGUGGUCUCAGCACGUGUCUGCCCAUGCUGACUGUCCUCGUCCCUGAGAACAAUACAUCGGAAAACAAGGACUGCGGUUCCAUCAUGCCUAAUGACACCCCUGGCAUGAUCUAUAACACUGUUUAUCUAGUCCUCUCUAAUAUCCUACCAGGAGUUCUGAUGGUAAAGUGUUGCAUAUCCAUCUCUGUUCACCUGGGCAUCCAUCUCCAGCACAUGAAGGCCAGUACCAAUGGUUCCCACGCACCCAAGCUGGGCACUGAGAUGCGGGUGAUACGCAUGACCCUCGCCCUGGUGGUUGUUUUCCUCUGUUUCAUGGUGGUUGAUCUAUAUGCGUACUAUCAGGUGACGGUGAAGAAAGAGAAUGCUAUUCUGCUCUCUUUUCUCUUCACCUCCAUCUAUACCACUUUCAGUGCCUUGGUUCUUAUCUACGGUAAGAAGACAUUCUGGAAGGUUCUCCUCCACUCUUACAAUGUCGGCCUGGAUGAGUUUCCCUGUCUGUCCUGCCUAAAGGUGCCAGAGACCAAAUGCAAACCCAGCUCUGCUCACACAGUCAAACACUGAGUCAGACCAGGGUAGCCACAAUGGCCUUGGGUACAUUAAUUUAACAUGUUGCGGUGAACAUUCUGGCACAAAAAUGGUCACCGUGCAUCACCCAGGUGGGUGACCCACAUUGGUGGUGAUGAGGUGAGUUUCCCCCUGCUAUGUAAAGCAUUUUGAGUAUCUCUGUUAGAAGAAAAGCACUAUAUAAAUCCAAUUAAUUAUUUGCAUGAAUAUGUUUGGAUAGUAUGGAUUUAGAGUCAUCUUAUUGUCUGACCACUUAACUUCAUCAUUAGGUUCAAUGUGUGGCUUGUUUUUCCAUGCAUAUACCUAUAUUA